AUGGUUGACAACCACGGAGAAGACCCCGUAUCUGGCGUGAUUCACGCUUCUAAUGAAGUCGACGGAAAAAACAUAGUUGUGGAAAAGCUGUUCAGCAAAAAUGCUGACAUGGAGCAAGAGUCUCCUGACACAUUCGAAGUCACUGAAUCUAUUGUAAUUCGUAAGGCUGAACUGAUGGCUAAACAGUACGACAGCUGGUUCCUCAAAUCCUUAUUUUUGUUCACAGUUUUCAUCUGCUCCUUUGCCUAUGGACUUGACAGUAUUAUUAGAGACAUUUACAUGACAUAUGCGAUGAACGCUUAUGAAACUCACUCUCUUCUGUCAACUGUAAAUGUUAUUAGUAUGGUCAUUUCUGCUGUGGGACAAAUUUUCUUUGCGCGUUUGUCAGAUGUUUUUGGGAGAUUAUCAUUGUUCAUCGUGUCGAUUGUGCUUUACGUUGUAGGUACUGUCAUCCAAUCUCAAGCAUAUGAUGUCCAGAGGUAUGCUGCAGGAUCAGUCUUCUAUAAUGUUGGGCUUGUUGGUGCCAUGUUCCAAGUGACAUUGAUCUUGUCUGACUGCUCAACUUUGAAGUGGAGACUAUUCUACAAUUUUGUACCGGCUUGGCCAGCAAUAAUUACAGUGUGGAUUUCGGGGAACGUCGUUCACGUUGCAAAUCCUCUAGAAAACUGGUCGUGGGGUAUCGCCAUGUGGGCUUUCAUUUUUCCAGUGAGUUGUAUUCCAUUCAUAGCGUGUAUUCUUCAUAUGAGGUGGAAAGUUAGAAACAGUCACGAAUGGAGGGAAUUGCAAGAAGAAAAAUCCUUUUAUCAAACGCACGGACUCGUCCAGACAUUUGUUCAGCUCUUCUGGAGAUUGGACGUUGUAGGCGUCAUUUUGUUGAGUGUGUUUACUGGAUGUAUUUGUGUUCCACUGACGGUCGCCGGAGGUGUUUCCACGGAAUGGAGGAGCGGAAAGGUUAUCGCUCCUUUUGUGCUUGGGUUUUCCUUGAUUCCUGCUUUCGUUUAUUGGGAGAGUAGAUUGGCCAGAUUUCCUUUGGCGCCUUUCCUGAUGUUAAAGGAUCGUGGAAUCUGGGCACCUCUGUGGAUAUACUUUUUGAUUGCUUUCAUCUAUGAAAUGGCAGCCGAAUAUCUUUACACAAUCUUGUUAGUUGCUGCAAAUGAAAGUGACCUUUCAGCGAUAAGAAUAACAAGCCUUUACAGUUUCGUCGCCGCUAUAUUCUCCCCAAUAGUGGGACUACUAGUUGCCAGAUCGUCGAGGCUGAAGCCAUACACGGUUGUUGGCUGCUCACUCUAUUUUGUUACAAUGGGGCUUUUUUAUCAUUAUCGAGGUGGCAAUGACGCAGGUAAAGGCGUGAUCGGAGCUAUGGUUGUGUGGGGGAUAACCAGCUGUUUGUACGACUACCCGAUCAGUGUUUCGAUUCAAACAGUGACAUCUCAUGAAAAUCUGGCAAACGUUUCAGCGCUGAGCUCGACUAUUUUCAGAAUAGGCGGAGCUGUAGGUGCCGCUGUUUCAGGUGCUAUAUGGACCCAGACACUAUAUCCCAAAUUACUAAAGGCACUGGGUGAUGCAGGCAUGGCCGAGGCUGCCUUCAAUUCACCACUGGACUUUAUUACUGAUUACGACUGGGGAACCCCUGUAAGAGAGGCGACGGUUGAAGCUUUUCAAUAUGUGCAAAAGUACGAAGUUUUGGUGGGCUUAAUUUUUGUUGUGCCAAUGUUUGUAAUGACUUUCUUUUUGAGAGACCCACCAUUAAACGAAGAAUUUGGACAAAAUUUAAAUGGCGAAGAGUACGUGAAAGAGAACGAUGACCCUAUAAAUGAUUGGAUAGCUGAGCGUUUGUCAAGGUUCAAGAAACAAGACUAA